AUGUGCAUGCAAUCCAAUAGCGACUCAAUUGCAGCCCCUCUGCUCUCGGGUGUGUGCACCUGGGUGGACGGGGAGAGAUGGGGCGAAGGGAGAGGGGGAGAGGGAGGGGGAGAGGGAGGGGGAGAGGGAGGGGGAGAGGGAGGGGGAGAGGGAGGGGGUGAGACGGGAGAGAAGGCGGGGAGCAAAGGGGAGUUCCAGUGCAAGUGGACCUGA